UAAACGUUCUCAAAAUGGAAGCUGUGUUGAGUAAGGUUCAAAGUCGAACAUGUUUAGUAAUACAUACGAAAAUUAUCUAGUAUCGUUGUGCAAUUAUUAAAAAUGAAGAGGUGAUAUAAUGAAGAAAACUUCCGAGCCAUUUGCAGGGGUAAAGCAUGAUCAUUCAGAAGUUUCUCGACGACUGUAUAAGGGUGCACUGGAUACAGCUCGCAGACUUGAAGAAAGAAUUCGAGUAGUGUCAUCUUUACAAGAGCUUCUGGGUCCUGAGGUGACUGCAUUAAGAACUAGGUUGAAAGAUUACUGCGAGAGACUAAUGUUUUCAGAUCCAGUGGAAUAUGGCCGUAAAGCCGAGGAACUUAUGUGGAGAAAAGUAUAUUAUGAAAUCAUACAGUUGAGUAAGCAACAUCAAAAGAAACUUGUGACUGAGGGAAAUGAAGAGCUAUCCCGACACCUUUUAGCAGGGAUGGGAAGUUAUCAACAUUUGUUACUUCGGCUGCAAACAGAAUUUUACUUGGAUUUAGAAGGAAAUGUUGAUGUCCCUUUUAUAUGGCAACAGAAGGGGACAAAGAAAGAAAAGUGGAAGAAACGUCAGAAGAAUCGUGAAGUUGAAGAACCUGUGCAGGAAUGGUGUCGUCAAGCUUGCCAUCAUUUUCUUAUUUGUUUAGGGGAUCUUGCUCGAUAUACCAGUGAUCUUGGAUAUGAAGAGAAUAUCGGUCUUGCUAAGCGUUACUAUUAUCAAGCUUUUGCUGUGGAACCCUCCAUGGGAAUGCCUCAUAAUCAACUAGGAACAUUAACAGCAAUGACUGCAGGAGGCUGUAAUGCUGCAUACCAUUAUUUACGCUGUCUGCAAUCACCAAAACCCUUUGAUGGUGCAGAAGGAAACUUACAACGUGUUUUUGAAAAAAACAUUCAGACCUUCAAGGAAUUGGACAACACAGAAGAAAGAAAUGGUGAACUAGUAACCCGAAGAUUUUUGGCCAGGUUUCUGAAAUUGUGUGAAGACUUUUUAAUGUGUCAAGAAGAAAAUAUACAGUCACUCUGCCAAGACUUACUGCAGGACUUCCACCAUUGUGUAACAUCCAUACAGUGCUCACAAGAUGAAGAUGAGGAAGCUGAACAACUUGACAGUAGUCUAAUCUUCAAGUUAACAGUGAUGACUGUUAUGUGUGCUCAUAGACUACAAACUACUGGAAGCCCACUAAUUUCUACAGCAACAGCAUUUCUUCUCACAUUUUUCUCUCACCAGUGUUGCUAUUGUGUUCAACGGUUACAGCCUGCCCUGUUUCCAUUCUCAUUCAAUGCUCAUCCCAUCAACAACUAUGAAGAUACUGAUACUAGAAGCACAUCAGCCACUGCAACUCCUGUUCCACCAACACUACCUACAGAAGACAAUUGUGCCAUUGUAGAAAGCAUGACUGAUUAUAAUCACAAGAGGUUUGUAAAGAAGAAAAUCAAGGAACGAUCUCUGUCACGUCGCCGAGUGCCUAGGAGAAGAAAACAAAGUAGUACUAGUCAGGAAGAUUCAGAAUUAAGUGAAGGUCACUCCGAGUCAGACUUAGAAGAGAAGAACAGCAGUGACACAGCUAGCUGCACCAGUGGUAGUGUAACUGAACAUGGAGUCGAAGAGGAAGAAUUGAGUGACUGUGGUGAGCACAGUGGACUUGGUAUUGAGAGUAUCACUGGCACUGCCGUUGACUGUAACGGAGGGCUGGUAAAAAACUUGACCAGUGAUAAGUCAGUUGUGCAAAAUGGACUUGAUUGUAUUAGCAAAAGCAACGUGUCAGCGUCAUUGGAAGAUAAAGAUAAUACAGAUAAGGCACACUUGCCAAAUGGAGAUAUGCAGAGUAAACCUGAGGAAAAAUAUUCUGUUUCUGGAAUAGUGACUCCUCUGUCUCUAGUGGAACAGGAAUUGACACUCCCAUUAGUUGAAGUCAUUAAAAUCAUCAACCAAGAAGGACUUUUGCCAGGUAUCAAAGUUGUUGCUGAUUGGCUGAUUAUCAACAGUGACAUUAUUGUGACUUAUGGAGAGAGUUGUCAGAUCCUAUGGAGCCAUGUCAUCAACCUGUUGAAUUUACUGAGGAAAGUACAUGACAAAUUAAAAAAUGAUACUAGUUCUCCAAGUGUUCAAGGUCUUAUCUGGAAUGGACCAGAGUGGAAACAAACACAGCCUUUGUCAGAGGAUUUUACCCUACGUGGGCUAGCCCCACUUGAGAACUUUCACCUUCAGCUGGACUUUGAUGUAUCCUAUGGACUUAGUUUGAAAGAAGAAGUUUUUCUCCGCAUCCAGUGUCUUCACAGUUUGGGCCAAUUAUUAGCCAGGCUGCCAAAGACAGGAGUCAGUUUUAACUCUGAAAAAGAAUGCUUUACUGCAAGUAGUACAGAAAAAAGUAUUAGUGGAGCUAUAAGCCCUGAAAAUACUGAGACUGGAGUUGAGCAACCCAUAGGUCAAAGAAAACAGAUGAUGCGAAACAUGGCUCAUCUGUGGUUGAAGGCUGAAGUGAACGAUUUGGAAACUAAAGUAAAAGGAGGAGGAUGUCCUCAACUUUCUCCGUAUCUUGUUCCUGACAUUAGCACCUUCUGUCAACAGUUGGCAUUGUUAAAGCAGUUGAGAUUAUCCAAGAGAUUUGUUAUUGUUGUGCCAUCUGUUGUGAUAGCUAGUCUUGACGAACGUAAGAAAGAAAGUGUGGGAGCAAGAGAAGCUAUUAGGUGGCUGGAAAAUGAACUGAGGCAUGGAACUAGAUAUAUCAGGUCUCAGAGGCCACAGGAAUGCCUUUCUUUGUCACCCAUAAAGUACCCAAAAAGGAAAGAAAAAGAAGCUUGGGAAUUUUUUCAAGUUUUGGAAUGUGCCCACUUCUUCAAUAACCAAGGGUCAUCUACUGAUCCUGCGAACCCGUUAGUGACCCUGCUGACCGCAGGAGCCAGCUUCAUGCCACCCAGUGCUACAGCUCUGGCAAAGUCUACAGGUAUUCAGAUGGAGAAUAUCACAGAUUUUACAAAUAAAUGGAGAAUUUCCUCCAAAAGUCAAGGUUGAAUAUGGCUACUCCACCUUCCAGUGACUCAAAGAAUCUCCAGAGACAGAGAAAUCACCUCAAUAUCAAGAAACCAGCUGAAGACUGAGGGCAGUUCUUUCAGCCUUGCCUAUAUAGCGGUCAUCGUAAGAAACUGGAGGAUCAACUAGGAUAAUAUUAACUGCUGUUUUCCUGCAUUUCUAGCAGGAAUAAACCUGAAAGUCUUACUUCUAAUAUACCAGUAAAGACAAGGUUGUAACAGCCUUCAAACAACUUAGUAGAAGCUAGUGUCUUGUCCCUUGUACUUAAGCAGACAAAAUGUCAAAGCAUGUCAUUUAUCAAUGUUUCUUUUUAUCUCAAUUUAGCUUUUCAACAGUGCAUUAACUUUUUUCUUCUUUUUUUUUGCUAUUCCUCCUUAUUCAGGGGUACUAUAAUGUAUUAAUAUUUGAUUUUAAAUAUGAUCAUAAAUACAUUCAUUGCUUGGUUUCAGAUUACUUACCAAAAAAAGUUGAGAAAUUUUGAACGAAUUUCUUUGUUAUUAAUAUUUUUAGGCAAGAAUUAAAAAAUAAACUGUUGUUCAACAAAGAAAGUAAUUGAACAAGAAGUGUCGUUGUUUAUUGUUUUUUUUUUCAUAAAACAGUGUGGCUACUGCUCUUUUAACACAUUUUUUUUAAACUUGUAUCAAAGAAAUGAGGUCUCAGGUAUAUUGCUGUCAUGUUUUAACGUUCACAUGAUGAAAAAUUCAAAUUUGUUCAUUGGUUGUAGCUGUUGUUUUGAAAUGAAUAAAGAAACAUUCUUUUAAAGGAGAA